CUUUAAGUCCCGCCUACAGGCAGACAGGCUGCCAUUUCGUAGCGGACUCAGAGGAAACAGAGCCAUUUGUCGGACAAGCAGCACCCGCUGUGGGACCCACCGUUGCACCUACUUUCCCCCCUUGCCCUGGGUUGACAUAUCCUGCUGCGAGUAUGAGCGUAGCGGUGGCGGAGGGCUGUUUUCUCUCCGCUCUGCACCCCAACUCCUCCUGCACCGCGUAUGUGGUUCCCUCGGAUGGCCCGUCUUCGGAUCCUGUGGCGAAAGCCAGGAGAGUCCGAGAGCAGGUCCGGAUGCGGCUAGCUGAGAAGUCCUCCUCCCUGCCCAGACUGAACGAUUCUCUGGUCGGAUCAACAGAUUACAGCCUUCCUGAAGCCAAGGGCUUCAUCCUUACCCAUGGUUUCAGUUCCAGAUCGACGAUACACACACCCAGCCGUAUCAUGGCUGUUCCUACAGUGCCCCUUCACUACUCUCGCUCUGCCAUGGAAGGAAGUUCCAAGGUGAGCCAUAAAGGAACCAGCAUGGUAGAGAGCAACUUCCAGACCUUCCAGUCACAUAGCAGAAGCAGGCGCUCUAAGUCAUUGUGCCAGGCUGACCAGGAGGGGUUUCCUGUCACUGUUCUGGUUCCUUCAGAGAAUACCUCCUACCCAAACACUGUGCCUCCUUCAGGCACCCUCAGGCGCAGCCUCAGUGGAAUUCUGGCCCAGGAAAGAGGCUACUGGCAGGAGGAGGAGCUGCCAUAUCAGUACACCUACAAAGGCCCCUCCCACCGCACUAUCAGCCGUAUCACAAACCGACAGCAGCACUACCAACAGCAGAGCUCUGCCUUGGACAAGGAAGGCUGGCUGGGGACUGGUAGGGGGGUCCCCAUGGCAGGGGACAGCUGGGGAACACAGUGGCAGCAGCAUGUGUCUAAAGCCAACCAUGCCAUGGGGACAGGGCAGUACCAAGCUUCCCUUAAUCGGGCUUCCUCACUACGCAGUCUGAAGAGUGUUGGGAAAGGCGUGGAUGUCUUGGAUGGAGCAUCAAUACACAGCAAUGACCCACUGGGAGAGAUGCAGGGUCUGGACAUGGCUACAGCUGUCAGAUAUCUGUCUAAAUCAGACACUGCCUUGCAAAUUCUGGGAGCUGCCUACAUACAACACCAAUGUUACCAUAGCAAAGAUGCCAAAAACCAGGUGCUGCAAACCCAGCCACAAUCCAAAGAAUUUCAGCCUCUCUCUAGCUACUGGGCUGCUGGUCCUUUUCAGGUGUGGUUCCUACAUAUGGCCAGAUUUUGCCUCAGUUCUAGCUGCUCAGCGUUCUCCAAACUUCAUGUCCGUGUGCUACAUGGCAUUCCAGCUUUGGUUCAGCUUUUCACUAGUGACAAUCAAGAAGUACAGCAUUAUGCCACUGGGGCCACACGUAACCUUAUCUAUGAGAAUGUUGACAACAAGGUGGCACUCAUAGAAGCUGGUGGAGUGAUGCACCUUGUCAGCAUCCUGGGCGAACAUGAUGAGGAGCUUCAAAAGACCAUCACAGGUGUCCUAUGGAAUCUGUCCUCCAGAGACAACCUAAAGGAGAAACUGUCCAAAGAAGCUUUAGCGGAGCUGACAGAAAAAGUAUUGAUUCCUCUGUGCAGCCGAAUUCCAUUAUGCCCAUCUGAGAGAGACAUCUUCUACAACACCACUGGAUGCCUCAGGAACUUGAGCUCAGUAAAUGAGAGGACAAGACAGAAAAUGAGAGAUAUGCAAGGUCUGGUGGACUCUCUGGUGUCCUACAUUCAACAAGAAGAGAGGGCUGAUGACAAGGGUUUGGAGAACUCAUUGUGUGUGAUGAGGAAUCUUUCCUACCAACUGUACAUGGAGCUUCCUCCCUCAGUCCGACUCCGUCUGGAUGGCCCAACAAGAGAUUAUGCCUCCAGGGACAGUGCGACCAUCGGCUGCUUUACUACGUAUAGCAAAAAAACCCCAGAGCCUAACCAGCAUCUGUCCAUAAUGUCUGAAGUGUCCCGACAGCCUCAAGGGGCUGAGUGGCUAUGGCACCCGCAGGUGGUGGUUCUGUACAAGCUUGUUCUACAAAACAAGGACAUCAGCUCCUCCAGUCGUGAGGCUGCCAUAGGUGCCCUGCAAAAUAUCACUGCAGGAGAGGGCAGGUGGUCAUCAUUUCUGAGUGGUGUGAUGAUGGAGCGGGAGAGGAUGCUGCCCAUCCUGCUUGAUCUGUUAGACACCAAUAGUGACAUGGAGCUGAGACCUUUGACUGGGUUGCUGAGAAAUCUAGCCAGACAUUCCACCAACAAAGACCAUAUAGCUAAGAACAUGGUGAAUGUUCUGGUGUCCAAGCUGCCAUGUGAUGGCCUUCAGAAAAUGCCAUGCAGUGAGGUGGUGAUCAACAUCUGUGGAGCCCUAAAUCACCUAGUCACCUGCAGUUCUGUGGCAGCAAGUGACAUCUCGUACUUCAACGGCCUGCCAAAACUGGUGGGCAUUAAGACAUUCCAUGACAACAGCCCUGGGAGUCUUAAAGCUGCCAGAGCAGCCUCAACUGUCCUCUACAACAUGUUCCAGUACAACAAGCUGCACAAAGACUACAAACUGUUUUGCUUGCACCACACAGAGAGAAGAUGCGCACUCGAGCAGAAACAGAACCAUAAACAUUAGUUCCGCAUCUCUGUGAGAAAGGAUUUGUCAGACGAGACUUCACAGAUGCCACCAUCUAGACUGUUGUGUGUUACAUGAUUCUUUCUGAGCUUUUGACCUCUGGAUCAAGGUUACUGUGAGGAAAGGAUGAGGAACAACAAAAGGUUUUAAUGAGCAGAUUAUCAAAAUGUGAUGGACUUACAGGAAGAGAAAAAUGGACUGGAGCCAAUGGAAUGUGAUGGACUUAAGUUUGCCCUAUUUAUGGAGGUUGCAAAUGUGGCUUACCUUAUAGUAGCUAGGUCUUGAUGAUGAGAUUUAAAUGGUAUCCACACAAAAAAGUGAACUUCACCCCGAAAUCAUAUACUGUGUUUGUGCAUUAGGGUUUGAUGAUAAGGAUUUUUGACUCUGAUUCCAAUUACUUGGACUGCUUUGCAUAUGAUGCCCAUGCACACAUCAACACAACAUCCAAAGUAAAUCAUUUGAAAAGCAAGCUCUCUUUAGGAAAACAAAGAGAAAGGUCUGAGCAGUGAAACAACAGUUACCAUGGCCAUGGUGCACCCAACAUUCCCCUGGGGAAUAAAAGCUGUUGGACCCUUAAGUUUGUUCUCUUGGCCUUAUAUCCAUUUAACAUUAAUGUCUUUAGUCCCUUUGUAUUACGUUUUCCUUGUGUUGCAGUUUUGUUUUUGUACUUCGUUUAUUCUUGCAUCAUACUUUUAGCAAUUGUAAAUACAUGUCAACUGCAGUUUUCCUAUUUUUCUUUUAAUAAUUAAGAGCAGAUGUACCUUUCUUUUGUUGUCACUCUGGUUUAUUCGAAGAUUUAAGUUUUAGUUUUGUUUGCAAGUAGCAAAUCAUUAAAAUUCACAGCUUUACACUUGAAAGAGCCAUCGGCAGACUUGCACAUCAGUCUUGCCGCCUACAAGCUGAAUAAACAGCAGUCCUGAAAGAAAAAUGAGUAUGCUGACAGACCUCAAUGCUGAGAUAGCAGAGGACAUUAGCCGAACCGGUUGCCUGUCUAUUCACUGCAUUGUUUAUUAUCUCAUUUCACCACUGCAUUUAUUAUGUUAGCUUAGGAAGCAUUUAAUAAAAUCAUAUAUUCUUAAA